AUGUACGUUUCGGAGUCCAAGUCGGCCCUGGUCGAUCAGCCGAGGUACAAGUCUUCCCGAGCCUGUCAGUGCGGAGGAGAGCUCCAAGGAACCAGUCACGGCGGCGGCGCUGUCUUGAUGCCUUCAGCAUUUUUGAGGAGACUCUGGUACCAUCCCCAAAAACGCUGGAAAUCAGAAAGUCGGCAAUCACUCACCAAAAUGGGGGAGCAAGAGAUCACAAGGCCGUCGCGCAAGCUGGACGACUUUGAGGAAUUUGUGUUCGAGUGCUGCGACGGACUGGGUUCUGGAGAGAACUGGGAUGUCUGCGCCUCCGAUUCCAACCUCCGCUUCGAGUCCGCAACCCGCGGUCCGCCUGCAAAGGUCUCUUUCCUUCUCAAUGUCACACCAGAAAUGAGCAAUUCCUUGGGCACCCUACACGGAGGGUGUGCCGCGACACUGAUCGACACUCUGUCGACAAUCAUCCUGCGUGGUGUGUCAGAGCCCGGUAAAUUCACGUUGGGUGGUGUGAGUCGCAACCUGAACGUGACCUGGCUCAGGCCCAUACCAACAGGAACCGAGAUAAGGGUUGUAUGCGAGGUCAUUCAUGUCGGUAAACGCCUCGCGCUACUCAGAGCGGAGAUUCAGAGAGCAAACACUGGAGAUGUCGAAUUUGAUGCCCUGUGA